CCCCCUUUGCCGAGGGGGGUCCGGUCUCCCCGUUAAGACUGUCUCCAGGGGAAAUUUGCUCGCUCCACCAUGUCGGCUGCAGUUUUACCGGUUUCCAGCGGAGAAAGAGAGAGAGAGUAAGACACACCGAGAGAGAGAGAGAGACGGGGCGAACCGGACCGAGACCGACCCUGGAUUCAUGACUUGUGGGAUUACUGUUGGACGCGAGAUGAUCCUGAUUAAUAUCAUCACUUUGGUGUUUGUGUUGGAUGUGUGUGUGUGUGAUUCGGAGCUGGGCCCCCCCGGGUGGAGGGAACCUCUGGACUGCGUCCGAGCCUCUGAACUGUGCAACCAGAACAGCCAGUGCAGCUCACGUUACCGGAUCAUGCGGCAGUGCUUGUCUGGUGGGGACAAGGAACGUAGCGCCAUGCUGGCCUCCAAGGAGUGCCAGGGGGCGCUGGAGGUGCUGCAGGACUCGCCGCUGUACGACUGCCGCUGCAAGAGAGGCAUGAAGAAAGAGCUGCAGUGUCUGCAGAACUACUGGAGCAUCCACAUGGGCCUGACUGAGGGGGAAGAGUUUUACGAGACGUCUCCGUAUGAGCCAAUCCAUUUCUCAGAGGAAUACCGCCACGCGUCCAUCAUCUCAGACUCAUCUUUGUCAAAGAUGAGCCCCUGCUCCGAGGCGGGGAAACCCUGUAACCCCUGCUUGGACGCAGCAAAGGCGUGUAACCUCAACGAGACGUGUAAACGCUUACGGUCUGCCUACAACUCUAUCUGCAGCAAGGCCACGCCCCCACAGCCCUCUCUGGCCAAUCAGGAGCCGUGCAGCAGGAAAAGGUGUCAGAAGGCCCUGCGUCAGUUUUUCGAGCGAGUCUCAUGGGAGCUGAGUUACCCCCUGCUGUUCUGCUCCUGCCCCGACCAGGCGUGUGCCGAGCGCCGCCGCCGCACCAUCGUCCCCUCCUGCUCCCACCAGGAGAGGCACAAACCCACCUGUCUGGAGCUCCGACACACCUGCCGCUCCGACGCUCUCUGCAGGUCUCGACUGGCUGAUUUCCACAUGAACUGCCAGAUGACGUCUCACACUGUCACCAGCUGCCCUAAUGAUAACUACCACGGCUGCCUCAUGUCCUACGUCGGCCUCAUCGGCUCAGACGUAACGCCCAACUACAGCGACAGCAGUCCGUCCAACAUCACCAUCAGCCUGUGGUGUACCUGCAGGGGCACUGGCAAUCAGGAGCGGGAAUGUGACGCCUUCCACCGGGACUUCACACACAACACCUGCCUCAAAAACGCCAUCCAGUCGUUUGGUUACGGCUCAGAGGGAGGAACGCUUCUUGUAACUGAGUCGUCAUCCACCUUGUUACCCCCCGCUCAGCCUCCAAUCAUCUCCAAACCUGCUCCCUCUCUACACGGCACUGCGAUCAAACCCAUGGACAGCGCUUGUAUGUUUUCCACUUGUGCCAACCUGCAGGAUGGAGGCCAGAAGUGCGUCCCCUCGGAUGAGUACGAGUGUGAAGAGGCUCUGUUGGCCCAGGGGUCCUUAGACUCUCAGGACUCUGCAGGACCCAAAAGCAGCAGCUGGCAAUCAGCUCCACUCCUCCACCACGUGUCUGUGACUGUGUGUGUGUCCGUUCUGCCAACGUUUCUACUCUACGUCUCAUAAAUGU